AUGUCGGGGCCUGUAGCUUCGUUUUCGAAGGGUGAUGCGCAAGUCCCUCCCAUCAUUCCUCCACGGCCGCCUUCGUCGCUACCUGCAACCCCGGUAGUGGCAUUGGAGUUCGCCUCCAUUUCCAUGCACAUGGGAGACAGGCUCCGCCUCCUGGGGUUCGACUCGGCCGUCCAUGACCUGAUCCGGGUUGUCAUCAAACAGCACUGGAGCAAAGGCCUGCGCCGCGAGAGAGACUACCACGGGUCCCACGAGUUCCACUUCUACGGCCGACCAUGGUACUCGCAUGCAAUACACCCCAUCGAAUCGAGACGGCUGAUGAACAGGAUUUUGGAGGCAUUAUUCAAUUGCGGAUGGAUCAUGUCACUCAACACCAAUGUCACCACCAAGGUACUAGAUGUUGAUACACUCAUCUUCCACCAUCAGUCACCUCAGCCCGAGCCCCACGACUGGAUGUGCAUCGGCUUUACCAGCGGUGACUGCCUCCGCUUCAUCGACGCCCCAGAAGACGUUGUGCAGGCCACGAUCAACGACUUUCAGACCGACGGGACCCUUAAGACUGACGUACCUCGCCCCUGGAGUGGCUCGCAUGAAGUCAAGGUGGCGAGAUAUCCAUGGUUCGCUCAUGGAAGCCAGGCAGUGAUGUGUCGGCUGAUUGUGCUGCGGCUGCUCGGUGUGCUCAAGAGACAUGGGUGGUCGGUGUACGCAAGCGUCAACCAGAGGAAGCAGAAGGGUUCACUGACACACCAUGAGGGGAACUCGGAUACGUGGCACUGCUGUCGGAGAAAAGGCUGGGUGUCAGGUCAAGCGAGCGCCUCUACUUUCUAA